AUGAAGCAUGAGGAUGGGGAUUCGGACACUCGAGAAUACCCAUGCCUCGUCCGGGUCAGCGAUGGCAAGUCUACCAAGUUUUCCACCAAAGUAGAACCCGGAGAACUGUUCAAGUUCCAAGCAUACUAUGGAAAUCUGCUAAAGUCAUCUAUGAGUACCCUUCGUAAGCGCGACAAGAAAAGGGAGAAGCUCCGCUCAGAAGAGGCUGCGAAACGCAAGAAGGCGAUGACAGAGCCCAUAGUUCUGGAUGGUCCCAAGAGAGGGAAAGGGAGGAGAACGCACCAACGGAAGGUCAGAGCUCUCUUGAAGCAGCAGGAAUCGCAGCGAAAGCACCAGGAAAGAGAAGAGGAGGCCAAGAAAAAGGUGCAAUUGGCGUAG